AGGUAGACAAUCGGUAAAGGUUUGGACGAAUCAGAGACACUGAGACACAGGACAGGUGUUACAGAGCAGCUGAUUGGAUGAGGCUGGGUGGAAGCAGACAGGGGCGUGGCAACGGCGGAACCACUUCCCUUCGUUCCGUAAAAGUUCGUCACAGUUGUUUUUAAGGACUCAUUGACCCACAGAGAAACUACGACAUGCCUCCUCACCUCACUCUGUUGGAUAAUUUCUCUCUCGGGUCGGAGUGACUUAAAACUACCGGAAAAUAACCUGGAAUAUUUGCAGGCGCCUGGCGCAGAAGCAGUGGGGGAAGAAACCUCAGGGUGACUUUUCUGAGACGUGGGGGGAGAAAAAAAAAGGAAAACUAAACCAUUCCUUAAAUGCUGGUUUUGUGCCUGAAUUGUUUGUCUUUGAAGUGAAAGGUAUAGUUUUGCUGUGGCCUCAGCACCUGUCGCCGUCAUGCAGGGCAACGGUGGAGUGUACGCGGUGAAGAAUAGGAGGAAGCCUCUUCAGAAAAAUGUAAAACCUCCACCAGUGAAGACCAAUCCAUCCAAACGCCACCGGGACCGUCUGAAUGUGGAGCUGGACCAUCUGACCAGCCUGCUGCCUUUCUCUGAGGAGGUCAGAGGGCGUCUGGACAAACUGUCAGUGCUCCGCCUCAGCGUGGGUUACCUGAAGGCGCAGAGCUACUUCCAUGCAACGCCAAGUGCUAAUGUAAAGUCGGCUCCUGCAAACGGCAAAAAUGGAGAGACUAUGUCUCUGGAUGGAGUCGGUUUCUCAGAAGGAGAAUUCCUGCUUCAGGCUCUGAAUGGUUUUGUGUUGGUUGUGACGACUACUGGCGUCAUCUUCUAUGCGUCCCCGACUAUCCUGGACUUCCUGGGCUUCCAUCAGUCUGACGUCCUCCAUCAGAGAGUGUACGAUCUGGUUCACGUGGAUGACAGAGAGAUGUUCAAAUGUCAGCUUCACUUUGCCCUCAACCCCGGUGAAGAUGGACAGUCUGGAUGUAAAAGUUUGUGCAGCUCUCAGAGCUUCCUGCCUCAGUACCUCCCUCCUGAGAACUCCUCGUUUCUGGAAAGGAGCUUCUGCUGCCGCCUGCGAUGCCUCAAGGACAACACUUCUGGAUUCCUGGCUCUAAACUUCAAUGGACGCCUCAAGUACCUGCAUUUACAGGGAGGCACCGGUGCUGAUGGGAAUGCGGCUCCUCCUCAGCUUGCUCUGUUUGCCAUUGCCACACCUGUGCAGUCUCCGUCUGUCAUGGAGAUCCGCACCAAGACCAUCAUCUUCCAGACCAAACACAGAAUGGACUUUGCUCCUCUGGGCAUAGACACCAGAGGGAAACUGGUUUUAGGUUACACAGAGGUGGAAUUGGUCACAACAGGCUCGGGUUAUCAGUUCAUUCAUGCUGGCGACAUGAUGUACUGCGCUGACAACCACCUCAGGAUGAUGAAAACUGGAGACAGCGGCUUCACGUUCUUCAGGCUGCUGACGAAAACACGACAGUGGCUCUGGGUUCAAGCCUCUGCCAGGUUAGUCUUCAAGGACGGGAGACCAGACUUCAUCAUCGCUCGCCAGAAAGCGCUCACAAAUGAAGAAGGAGAGGAACACCUGCGUCAGAGGCGACAGCAGCUUCCCUUCAACGUUGCCACCGGCGAAGGUGUCCUGUACGAUUUUUCUUUGGAUGUCUUUUCCACCGAUGGUCCUUCUGGCUCCGACGCACCAGGCACCUCCGAGUCCGCACCAGAGAAACCUCUGGACCCCGCCUCACUCUUGGGAUCCCUUCGCCGCCAGGACCACUCUGUUUACAUGCAGCCAGAGAGGCCCAGUCCCCAGCUCCCAGUCUUCUCCCAGACAGAGGACACUGAUUAUGAGCAAACCCAACCGUCCUUGGAGCAGGCGUUUCUGGACAGCCAUGCUCUGCUCAGUGUGCCCGGUGAGGGCCAGGCUCUGCAGAAGAGACUGAGCACAGUGGACCUCACAUCUGACGCCAUGAUUGAGUCUUUGGAGCAGAUUUUGGGAGAUUUUGGGGAUGGAGGGAUCGAGGGCUUUGAUGUGGAUGAGAUAGAGCUGAGGGACUGGGAGAACACCCUCAUCAGGAUGAAUAAAGAGAGAGAGGAUGCAGAGAGGGAACUGAAUCGCACCCUGGCGAAUGAUGUGUUCACAUACGUGGAGGAGGCUCUGCAGAGAGAGAGCAGUGGGUUUGUUAUUCAGCGAUCAGAUGUCGCUGGGUGUAACGUUUCUGGUAUGAUCAACAAUUUAUCCAUUCAAGGUGAAAAUCAUGGGUUUGUGGAUAAUGAGCCACAGUGGCAGCAAAUGAUGGACAUUACUUCUACGCAGACUAUAUUUGGAGGAGAAGGAAAUAUUCUCGCUGAUGUUUUUAAUUCAACUGCACAGAAAGAUGCUUCAAAGAUCUCCCAUGGCACGAUAAGUUCACUAACACCCACUCAGUGUUUUAACACUCAACAGGGACACACCUCUUCUUUGUGGCCUCCGAGGAGCAGCAGCAGCAGCAGCAGCAAUCACAACUGUAGCAGUGACUUGAUUUCAACACAGCCGUGGCUUCCUGCCACACGGAACGCCAACAAUAUUCCCAGCAGCUUUGAGAUGAUGGACCAGGGUGUGCAAUAUUCACUAACCCACACUGGUGCACAGCAGACUUCCGUGGGCCCACAGCGUUCACAGCCACAGGGCCUUUCAGAGUGGCAACAUCAACAGCAGCAGCAACAGCUGCCACCACAAACCUUUCAUCACACUUUUUCACAUUCCUCGAACACAGCGGUCAACGUGAACUCAGCAGCUCACCCACACACACAGACAUUUUCUGGCAGCUGCAUGUAUGAAAACAGAGAUGGUCGCGCACGUCCUCGUCUGGGACCCGCGUUCUCCAGUGGAGCCACGCGUUCUGCAGAGAACCCAGCGAACACGGCGGCGGCCAUCACUCUGCCACAUCUGGACGUGACUGUUUCAGGCAGCCAACACGGGGCAGUGUCCAGUUCCAGCUCUCACACAGUGAGUGGAAACAAUGCAAACGUAGGGAUGAACCUACCUGGAUAUUCCACUGCAAAUGGGUCGUUGCAGCCACCAUUCGUGUGUUGGAACAGUGAAGCUCAGACUCCCAGAGUUCCCUUGAAUGGUGGUGUCGACCCGUUUGCCUUCCCGGUCCGUCCUCCUGCGGGGAGCAUCAACCUUUCCAAAAACAUGGGACCAUCAUGACUUUUUUGCACUGAGCAUCAGUGACUCAGUAAGAACCUCAGAGAUCAUUCCUACAUGGAUAGGAAAUCAGUGUAUUUUAAACUCGUCAUGACAUAUGGACCAUCUCAUUUCAAACUUAAGAAGAAAAAAAAAAAGAACCUUACAGCAUUUUUCUGAUAUAGUGUCUCCACAGCGCUGUGUCAGCACCAGACAAUGUUUCUGGUUACACACGUGAUCAAUCUGUGGAUGGAAAAAGAUGCUCUGGUUUGUUUGUAUUACUAAAAAAAAAAAAGAAAUCCUCUUAGGUGGUGCUAAGCCAUUGAUGCAGUAACUGGGUGCGCCAUGUGUCCUCCAUUUUCACAGCAAAACAAACAAAACAAGGCAAUCAGAGACGGCAGACUUCACCCCAUUCACCCAACAAGCCUCUGUUGGUCAUAUUGGCAAGUGCGAAAAAAACACAAACAGACAGACAGACAAACAGAGCCACUAAAAACAAUACUUCACUCCCACAACGAGGGAGGAGGAGCCAAUCACAGCUGACAGGGUGAGAGACGGAGGCGCAGCCUGGAAAGGUCACCUGUCCAUCACAGGGGCCAACAACCUAACACCACUGUGUUAUUUUUCCUGAUGGGCCAAAAGCGGCAUCCAGCGCCCUCUCCUAGAUCACACAGUACACAGUACUACAAACAGUCUGAUUUUCUAGGCUGUGCAUUUGGAAAUACUGUUUUUUUAGGUUUGAGUUAGAACAUAUGUCCAUCCACCCAUCCAUCCUGCUUAUCCUAUAAUUGGAAGCUGGUUACCUGAACCAGAAUUUAAACGAAAAAUCUUACUCUGAAGACCCUGGUAUACAGAUUUUGGAAAGAGUGCGUUGGGUGCGCACAGACAGCGCAUGCGCAAACUGAAUUUCCACACCACUGGUAGGUGGAGUAUUACGCCCCGCUCACCAAGCAGAAAUAACAUUUCAACAACAGAAGAAGUAGUCGCCAAGGACAGUCAUCCAAGCCUCGACGUGUCCGAGGGAGCUGUAGCAUCAUUCUCUUCUUCUUUUGGAAGGACUGUGUCCUGUUCCCGGCGUCCAGACUUGUACCGCCACUCGAUGGUGAAGUCAGACACUACAUGACCCUGACACGCACCCUGAGUACACCAGGGUCCGCAAUAUGUGAAAGUAUACCAGGGCCUUGAGGCAUCAGAAGAAAAGUCAUCCUUGCAAAGAAAACUACCACAGUAAAAGACGUGUAUCGGUUGUUUUUCGGAUGAUUUCCUGUUUUUUUUCUCCUAGCAAAUGGGAUUUUGAAUGUGGUAACAGACUACAAGUGAAAAUAGAAGCCUAACUAACAGUCCUAUAUCCACAGUGUACAGCUGAUCACUAGUUUAUCAGUCAGCUUCACUAGAACAGUUGUUAAAAGAAGCGUAAGUAAACAAAGAUGGCCUUCAGGUGCUGACACACCCUCUACUUACAGCAGUUGUUACGCCAACUAUGUCUACUAGCGAUACACGUCUUUAUAAUACAAAUUAAAUUUUGUACUAUUAUUUCCAGUGGCAACAACGUCAAGUGCUGUUAUUACUACACCAACUACUUUUGUAGUUCUGUACACCUACGAAGCAGCAUGGAAGUGUGAUUUGAAAUGCACUUAAAAGAAAAAAAAGUUGACUUAUUUAUUCAAAAUAUUCACUAGUGCGGUGCUGUGACAUCAGAGCUCUGGGUUUGGAUUUUGAUCCUCGUUGUGUUGUUAGGCUGAGUCUCUGACCCCUACGAUCUAAUGAGUUAGCGUUCUGGACAACAGUCAGAGAAACUAAAUGAAACACGUGUUCAUUAUGUUUAUUUACAACCUAUUUGCUGAUGAAACAUACAUGUGUAUAUUUUUUUUAAACUCUAUAUCCUCAUGAAAGCGAAUGAGUCCGUAAAUCAGUCUGUAUACUUCUUUGGUGCCUUUCUUUACCAGAUCUUAAACACUUUGUCUUACUGAACAGAUUUAGCUUUUAAGUGGUGACAAUUGGACGACAGCAGCUGUCAAUCACCCUGGUGUCCACUCCACUCAGUCUACGUUAAGCAUCCUUCAAACCUUCCUACUGUACUUAAAGGUGCAGUGUGUCAAAAUGAGUGACAUCUAAUGGUGAGACUGCAGAAUUGCAAAAAGAAGCGCUUUACCAAGUGAGUCAGGGAACUACGGUGGCCUCCAUGUACCAGAAAGGACUGAAACACUCUUAUUUAACUCUCUCUGCUGUCUCUGCCAUUUCCUCCGUCUUCUUUUUUUGUUUUUUGCAUAACAAGCUGCUUCAAGCUGCUGCAGAAACGCGCCUUAAGUACAUAAAAGGCUUAUUCAUAGGCUACAAAGAAGAGCAAAAAAAUAUUUUAGAGCAAAUUAGAUUUCUUUUGCGCCGAAUAAGGCAUGAAAAUAUGCAAAAAAAAAACAAAACACUAGGGUAUGUGCAGAUUAUUGAUAAUAGUGUUAUUUCAUAUUCGUGGAAACAUAUUGAGCUUCUCAUGUUUGAUUCUCGAGCUGAAAAAAAAUACGUCUGAGCUUUCAGUCGACCGUUUUCUCAGCUGUCGGAGAGAGAGAAGAGAAAAAAACCAACGUAAAACGUUAAUAAAAUUGCGAUUUUAUUACAGCGGUUACAGAUGCUUCACAUGUGGAAUAUCUUAAAAUAUCAAAAACGUUUGUUGCACUAAUAAAAAAAUCAUCAAAAACAGCUGCAUCACAAUUUUUCUCAUGAAACAUUCAGUAGUUUUUAAGGCACAGAUUAUAAUUCCUUAGCACUCAAAGAGUGAAUGGUUGUUCCAACAGGCUGUUAAAAAUGGCACUAAUAGAUGUUUCAAUAAGAGACAUCGUUUUUGAUAUAAUUUUUGUAAAAUUAAACAAAUAUUUAAAAAAAAAUAGGUAAGAGAGGUAAAAUGAGCUUUAACUUCAGCCUGCACUCUACUCUGUGGUCAUCUCCUCACAUUAUAAUUUGGGACAUGGGAGAAGAAACGGCAGCUCGAGUUCUCACUGGGAGAAAAAAAAUGCAAAUAAUGCUGUAAAUGCUCUCACAUUACAUCAUUCAGCUCUUUGAACAAAGGACUGUUCUGUUAGUUUUUGUCAAGUCAUAUUCAUACGCUUUAGUUUUGCCUGUAGGAGAUGACCGCCGUGUCAUUCUGGGUCGGUAAUGUUACCCUCUGUAGCUGCUUUGUAUUCCGUGUGUACAAAAUAUAACCACUGGAGCCUCGUCUCGUUUUAUUUUCUUUCUUUUUUUUUUUGCCAUUAAAGAUUUGUAACCCCCUCA